AUGAAUUUUGAAAACGAAAAUGUUCUUCCCUCGUUUGUCAAACGACAUACUCAUGACCUACCUAUGGAAUGCAAAGUCAAUCCGACAACAGGCCGCAUUCUCUACCGUUGCCAUAACGAUUUUGGGGCUCUUGACUGGAGAGAGUUAAAAAAUAUGGUGCCUAGAAUCGCUGAUUUUGGACUGUCGACACGCCUUGCCCACCCGUCCGUGGUGGAUGAUAUAGAAAGAGGGAAAUUAGGUAUAUAUCCUAUACAGCCGGACCACUACCGUGCGCCGGAGGUAAUUCUCGGCUGUGGUUGGGAUUUCAGUGCGGAUAUCUGGAAUUUCGGUGUCAUGGUACAUAAUUUAUUCCUUCAUUCUCAAACCCCCUUAAAAAAGCUAAUCCUCAGCAUGUUGCUUAAAACAUGUGGAAUAUUCUUGAACGCACAGAAUUAUUUGAGCAGGUUCAUGAUACGCAUGGCCGAUACGACGCCAAUCAAGGAGAUUUACAUGGCACAACACCAUUGGCCUCAAGCUGUUUGUAAUGAGUCCGGCAUUCUCUGUAGGAAUGCUCGAGAAUACUUCGGUGGUCCUUUCUUUGAUGGAGAAGGCCAAUUCCUUCACCCAGAUUUGGUACCCACUCGGAGUUUAGAAGGUACAAUGCCGUCCUUAGAAGAGGAAGAGAGAGAGACCUUCUUGUCUUUCAUUCGCGGAAUGCUUACUUGGCUCCCGGAGGAGAGAAAAACCGCUCGUCAAUUAAUGAGUCAUCCUUUUCUUCAAUUAAAGAGUGGCUGA